AUGGAGAAUAACAAGAAGGUUGCUUGUUCAUGGUGGUUGGGUAAACAUAUCGAUUCCAAUCAAUCUCCAUGGCUUCAAUCUACUCUCAAUGAUUUGGAUGACAAAAUGAAGGCUAUCGUAUCACUUAUUAUGCAAGACGAUGGAGACACUUUUGCUCAAAGAGCGGAGAUGUACUACAAGAACAGAACUCAACUGGUGAAAAUGAUGGAAGAGUUUCAUAGAUCAUAUCGUUGUUUAGCUGAACGAUACGAUCGGUUAAGGCCUGAAUCGGAUCAUUCUUUAAACUCUUUCUUAAAUGUCGAAAGCAGCCAAAACAUAGACAGCAAUGGGGCUAAUGGGAACAGUACUGCCGGUACUAAUGAUCCCAAUCCAGCAACAUCUGUACGUGCUGCCGAAGAUCCUGAAUCCAACACCGUGGAACAUGAUUCACAUGAUGCUGAAUUACUUGACACGAAGGAAGAAUGCGAAGCGGAUAACAAUGAUGAAAAGGAGCAACGUGGGAGACAGAUUGCUAGCUACUGUGAAAACGGCGAUAUGUGGUCUGAUAUGAAAAUGCAAGUUUCAAAGCUAAUCGAAGAAAAUACAAAACAACAGUCGGAGUUGAUAAGACGAAACAAUGAAAAGAGAAAAGCCAUUAAAGACCUUUGUUUGCAACUAGACAAACUAACUGAAGAAAACAUGAUUCUUCGGUCUCGCAUUCCAAACUUGAAGGGAAGGCUUCUUGGAGUCCUCUUGGGUGGAUGCCCAUCUAGGAAGGAAUAUGAGUAGUCUUGGUAGGGUUAUUGGUUUUUCACAUUAUGGACUUGUAUUGUAAUGUUCUGCACUUUUCUAUGUAAUGGCUCGUCAGAAUGUUAAUGACGCCACUUACUGCAAGUCCGAAAAAUAAUUUUCAAAAUCUUACCUUCCAUUGGCGCAAUACUCCGAUCACCUCAUCAGUAUGUCAGAUUUUCCACACCAUAUAUGCAAUACAUCUUAAUCACUAGUUUGGUGCAUAUCUUCGUCUUCCAGAACGGCAUAGGCCAUCCACUAAUCUUAGUACUG